UAGAAUUGGUUUUUACUUAUGCGUUAGCCUUCCAAUCAUCUGGAUACUACUUUGUACAUCACUGCCGUAAUUACUCGAGAAGGUUAAAAGGUUAAAGCUUCUACUCGAAAUCUGGAGUUGGUGAAUAACGUCAUUCGACUCAUUCCUUGGCCUUGACAGAUUUUGUUGUGGUAAUCGGCAUUCGACACUCGACAGCGACGGCCAUCACGGUCGACGAAGCAAUCAGAACAAAAUUCGUGAAAAAGAAUUUCUCAUUUCAGUACUAGUGUAGCCUUUGAUAAUUUUCUUUAUUUCAAUCAGAUCCGGAGAAGUUUGAAACGCUACGAUGACCAGCACUGUCGCAAGCAGCGCUUCCACGGCUCCGCGUCGUGUGCAGCUACUGAAAACCACAAACACUUCCUCUAGCUUGUCAAGCGCGAUGGCUGCACCAGCACAGACUUCCCGGACACCUCCCUUCGGCGCUACCGCUCAGAAGAAACGAACCCUGCUCCAGGAAGUGACGGAUUUGUCUACGGUCAAGCGAAAGAAGGCAGUCACCAGUAAUGGCUUUCAGAAGACUAAGGAUAUCAAAGAAAUAGAAUUCGAAGCCAAAUAUUUCAAUCCGCUUCAGCCGCUUGACAAUUAUUGCCCAGUUUAUGAUUUCGGUGGAUCGAAGAUGACUGACGAUGGAGAGGACAGUGUGCAACACGAAAAUAUUCAUCCACGUGUUAUCGACGAAAUUGGCACCGGGUACGAUUCCCAAGAUUCAUUCGUGGACAACACUGACAGCGUGCCGGAAGCCAUGAUUCCGCCUGGGUGGACCACGCAGUUGGGCGGCUAUUACAUCGGUAGUGGCAAAUUAUACAUUCGGCCGAUUAGCCCCGAUGAGCUUGAAACCGGUCUUUACACGAAAAAAACUGCCGCUGAAUGUAAAAAAGCAAUGCGGACCCUAAAGGCACCCGUCCGGAAGCGGCCAAACAGAUCUGAAGUAACAGGAACGGACGCUGUGGUCGCGGACGAAUGCCUUGAUACCGAACACAGUAUCGAAGUUUAAAGAUUUGAAUAUUUAGUUACACCGUUCUCCCGCAUACAGGAUGGUACAAAACGUUGAUUACUUUCGCUAACGUGAGAGAUGUUUGAAUCGUUGUCGCUAACUUUAAUUCGGUAUUGUUUCUCCGUUCCAUGUGAAAGGUUUCUGUUAAGCAGUAAUUUACCGUGAGAUAUACAGGCCUCUUGAAGGGGCGCACAUCAUCACUCAGUUUCUUUCCUUUCUCAUAGUUUUACCAAAUCUGAUGAAGUAAUAAAGAGAA